AUGGGUUCUAAGCACCAAUCCACCGUGCCGACCGUUGGGCCGCCGAAAGGCCUCUUCCUCGCGCUUCUCGCGUUCAGGUUACUCAACAGUGUGGCAGUGCAGACCUAUUUUAACCCGGACGAGUUCUGGCAGGGACCCGAGGUGGCACACCGGAUGGUGUUCGGCUACGGCUAUCUCACGUGGGAGUGGCGGCCUGAGUGGGCGGCUCGCUCCUUCCUCCACCCGCUGCUCUUCGCCGCUGGUUACCUCCUGCUCGCCCUCUUACGCUGCGACACGCCCUGGCUCGUUCGCCACUCGCCGCGGUUCAUCCAGGCAUCCAUGGCCGCACUGGCGGAUCUGCGUCUUUACGUGCUCACUCAGAGGCUCUUCCCUUCGCACCCCUCCGCUGCUGCAUGGGCGGCCGCCAUAGCUAGCAGCACUGGGGGAUCUGCGUCAUUACACGCUCACUCACAGGCUCUUUCUCGCUCACCCCUCUGCCACUGCAUGGGUGCUCGCCUGCAACCUCACCUGCUGGUUCCUCUCCUUCUGAUCCACACUCACCUUCUCCAACUGAUGCUUUGUUUUCCCACAUGCACCCCUCACCCCCUCUCACCCUCCUCCCCUCACCCCUCCCCUCCUCCCCCCCUCGGCUCGCCUGCAAUCUCACCUGCUGGUUCCUCCUCUUCUGCGCCACUCGCGCCUUCUCCAACUGAUGCUCCCUUUGCCCACAUGCGCUCCUCGCCCCUUCCCUUCUCACCCUCCUCCCCUCGCCCGUCCCCUCCUCCCCGCGCAUCCCUCGCUGUCAUCGCCCUCUCCUACUGGCCCUGGCGCCAUUGCCAAGGGGGCACUGAGGGCGCUGAGGGGCGCACUGAGGCCGCAAAGGGGGGCAGUGAGGGCGCACUGGGGGGCAGUGAGGGCGCACAGGGGGGCAAUGAGGGCGCACAAGGGGGCAGUGAGGGCGCACAAGGGGGCAGCAAGGGCACUCAGGAGCGCACUGAAGGCGGAAGGAAAGAUACUGAGCAGGGGAGAGGAGGCCAAACCUCCAUAGCUGACGUGCUCUCUCCCUCUACUGGCACCAACCGGCCACUGGCCCUGGUCUUGGCAGCAGCAGCGUGCAUGGUUCGCCCCACCAGCACGCCCUUCUGGCUGCCCCUGGGCCUGCACGAGCUCUCCCUGCUGCUGCUGGAGUGGGGGCUGAAGAAAGGGAAGGGCCGAUGGGAAUGGGUGCGGCUGCUGUUGCUGGAAGUGCUGCCUAUCGGCCUGACAGCUGUCGCCAUCACAGUGGCUGUCGACAGCUGGCAGUAUGGCCGGCCAGUGGUGUUCACCCCUCUCAACCUCUUACAUUUCAACGUGCAUCUCAAGGGGUCCAGUCUGUAUGGCAGCAACCCCUGGCACUGGUACUGGUCGCAGGGCCUCAUAGCCAUGCACGGCACCUUCUUCCCCCUCGCCUGCCUAGGCCUCCUCUGGUGCUCCUCCCUCCGUUCCUCCCCCCACGACAACCCACCUCGUCAUGAACACGAAAACAACUCCCAGCAUCAUCACCAUCAUCACCAUUUGCUGCAGCGCCUGCAUGAGGGCCUCGUGUGGUGGUCUGUGCGCCUGCCCUUCCUGCUGGCCCUCUGGCUGCCUCUCUUCUACUCCCUCUCCGAUCACAAGGAGCACCGCUUCAUCCUGCUCUCGCUCCCUCUCCUCAACACGUACACUGGUCUCGCCCUCUCUCUCCUGCACUCACGACUCACCACCACCACCACCACCACUGACAGCGGCAACAGGCUGCUUCAAUCGCCUCAAACCCGUCAAACGUUGAACUCCUCCCAAACGCCCCAUCCAUCCCAAACGCCCCAUCCAUCCCAAACGCCCCAUCCAUCCCAAACGCCCCAUCCAUCCCAAACGCCCCAUCCAUCCCAUUCCAGCCCAACAACCCAAUCAUGGUGCGCCUUCCUCUCCCCCUUACUCCCCCCACACUCCCCCCAUUUCCGCCUGCUCCUAGUAGCAGCCUUCCUCCCCCAGCUCCUCGCUGCUCUCUACCUCUCCACCACCCACCAGCGAGGCACCAUCGCUGUCAUGCCCUUCCUAGAGACAGAAAUCAACACCAUCCUGCAGGCCCGUGGACCACCAUCGAGGGACGAGGCUGUUUUUGAGUCGACUAAAAAACAAAUCAACACUAACCUGCAGGCCCGUGUAACACCAUCGAGGGACGAGGGGAGGGGAGGAGAAUUUGAGGGGAGGGGAGGAGUGAGGGAGGGGAGGGUGGAGGUGUUGUUUCUGAUGCCAUGCCACUCCACGCCCUUCCACUCCCACCUCCACCACCCUGCAGUCACACUCACCAUGCUCUCAUGCACACCCAUCCUCACAUGUAAGCCUCUAUUCUCACGUGCCUACACCUCGCAUGUCACGGCUCUUGAGUCGACUCAAAAGUCACUGCAUAUCAUGGCUCCUACAAGCCGUAUUGCCUCCCACGCUCGUCUGUCUAUCCCACUCCCUCUCCCAGAUCUCGACCCUCUCUGCCACUUCCUCCUGCCUAACGCCCUGUCCCCUGUCCAUCCCAUCCCAGCGUCCCACAUCCCCUCCCUCCAGCCCAUCCCAGCGGCACCAUCACCAUGUCUCGUGAUAGGGACCCAUCCCAACGGCACCAUCACCGUGUCUCGUGAAAGGGAGUUUGAAGAUCUACUAGCAGACCCACGUGCGUUCCUCACAUCCCGCUACACCAUCCAUCCAGCUGUUCAUGCAUGCAUGAUGGGCCUGAGCCAUGGCGCUGCAGCAGCUGCUGCUGCUCACCGUGCUACAGCCGAAUCUCAUCCUGCUUGCGACACUACAGCCGAAUCUCAUCCUGCUUGCGACGCUACAGCUGAUUGCCAUGCUGCCAGCCCCACCACGUGCAGAAGCAGCAGCAGCAGCGGGACAACGGAGCAUGCUGGCGAUUCCGCCCAAGGAGAGCGUGGAGAGGGUACAUGUGUGGCUGCUGCUGCAUGGGUUGGAGGGCGUGGAGAGGGCGGGUGUGCGGCUGCUAGUUCAGAAGAAAGGAGGCGGGGAGCACAGAAAGCAGCUUCUGUAGAUUCGAAUGCAAGAGCAGAUGCUCAUGUGAACCAGUGUAGCACCCGUGAAGCCGGCUCGAAUGCAAGAGGCGAUGCUUAUCUAAACGAGUGCGGCACUCGUCAAGCAGGCUCGAAUGCAAGAGGCGAUGCUUAUCUAAACGAGUGCGGCACUCGUCAAGCAGGCUCGAAUGCAAGAGGCGAUGCUUAUCUAAACGAGUGCGGCACUCGUCAAGCAGGCUCGAAUGCAAGAGGCACGCGUUCAGAUAAGAAAGAGAAGGAGGGUUCUUUGAGGCCGAAAGAGGCUCCCUCUCCUGGGUUGGAUAGAGCCAGGUGCAGGGAGGAGACAGAAGUGGUGGCAGCAGUCAACACGGAGGAGACUUUUGAGUCUCCUCCAAAGGCACUCAACACGGAGGAGAAGGAAAGUUCUUCAAAAGGAUUUGAAGGGUUUGAAACGUCUCAAGGGUGUGAAGGGUCUCAAGGGUUUGAAGGUUCUCAAGGGUUUGAAGGGUCUCAAGGGUGUGAAGGGUCUCAAGGGUGUGAAGGGUCUCAAGGGUUUGAAGGGUCUCAAGGGUGUGAAGGGUCUCAAGGGUGUGAAGGGUCUCAAGGGUUUGAAGGGUCUCAAGGGGAACUGCCGGAAGUGGUGGUGGCAUUCGACUCGGAGGAGAAGCGGUUGAAGCCGUUUCUGCAGUGCGCCGGCUACACGGAGGUAUGUGUUCUUCAUGUGUUGGCUACACGGAGGUAUGUGUUCUUCGUGUGUUGGCUACACUGA